CUCCAUAUUGGCGCCGGCUUCGUUGUCAUGGAAACAAAAGUUUGAUUUUAACACUCCACAUCCAGACUAUACCUAAAUUUUCGUCUGUUUUAUGUGUCUUGACUGUUAUUUCCGUGUACUUAACCGUGUUACCCCGGCUGGGAGGCUAGGGAAAUGGAUGAACCGGACGAACCUGAACGGCAGGCGAUGCGGACGGCGUACGAAGUGCAACGGGACUUUGGCUACAGCAGUGGAAUCCGUUCCGAGAUUAUUUGGGAUUCACUCACGCCCGACCAGGCGCCAGUGCUGAUGCAGAAGAUCGAGAACCUGAUCCCGGAGGACGAAGCGCGGAACGCCAAGGCUUUGAAUCGUCAGCGGCAGCAGGUCUUUCGCAAUGUCUGGCAGCAACGGCGCUUCACCAACGGCACCCUCCUGUCCGCCAUCAUCUACGUGCUGGUCACGCCAGAGACGGACCCGGAGCUAGCCCUGCAGUCCACCAACUACAGCUGCCAUCCCGUUUUCCGGACGCGCCGCUGCAUGAACGGCGAGAACAGCGCCGCCUGCUGCAUGAUCUUCGUGGACGAACACGGACGUGUGUACUCCAACUGGCAGCAGUUUGUGUUCCGCAAUACCCUGCCCAGGGGGACUAUGAUUGCUCCCAGUCAGGGCAUCUACACCUUCACCAAUGACGAUGACGAGCCGGGUGUCCAGCUAAUGGUGCACCCCACGCCAGCUUCGUAUGGUCGACAUCGCUUGCUCAGUGCCGGCGACAAGGUGGCCUCUGUGGGUGGAUUGGUGGCUUCGGUUCCGGUGGCGGCUGCUCUGGCCGUGCCCGUUGCAGCUCCUCUAGCCAUUGCCGCCACCGCUGUCUGCGUGGCCACGGCCGCGUACAGCACUCUACGCUCAGCAUCACAUCUCAUCGAUCGGCGGCGUCAUGGACAGAGCACCUGCAUCACGGACAGUGAGGCUCGCAGCUCCUGGCUGGGCGUGGCGGGCGGCGUGGUCGGAUUGGGUGCCACGGGAGCCACAAAAGCCUUGGCCUCGGUGGCAGGAGCAGGUUAUAGCAUCAAUCCUGCAGCUCAGUUGGCCGUCAAGGGCAUCAAUGUGGGCUCAGUGGUCAUUUCCGGUACGGGAGUGAUCAACGGCGUCUACGAUAUGUAUUUGAAAAUAGGUGACGAUCAGGCCAUUAACAGCCUGGACAUGUUGCAGAUGGCCUCGCACCUGGUGAUCUUCACGCAUUCCAUAAAUAAUUUGCGUAUAGCUUCCAAGGCCACCAAUGGCUCCAAUCUAAGACGAGCUUUACGCAAUCAAUCUCGCAAGGUCUUCGAUCGCAUCUCGCAGGAGUCCACCAAGCUGCACAGCAGCCAGGCUGGAAAAUUCGAUAUUGUACGUACCCUCAACGACAUACCCUUCAAGGAGACUCUGCUCAGCCUGCACAAUCUCAACUCGAACCUGAGUCAAGGCGUGGCGGCGGUCACAACUCUGCUGCCACAGAUCAUAAGCCUGGGCAGCGGUGGUCAACUAGAUCUGGAGGCGCUGGCGCAGCACUUUGGCCGGAAGUUCGUGCAACACAUUGGCAAUGUGUCCAACUUGACGGAUGUCCUGGAGGCCUUGGCCAGGUAUUUUAGCGACAAGGCUGUGCAGUUGCUAAUGGAAAUGACACGGACUUUUCUGGAAAAUAAUGUGGACUCCAUUGAUCGAACCAUGAAUACGUUUAUAUCGACCGAGACGGUGCUCUUUAGGAUAUUAAUGCACUCCGUUACUACUUUUGAUAGCUUUAGCGAGGACUUUCUGCAGAGCCGGCGACAGGAGAUCCUAUCAAUGGUCUCCAAAUACUUUAGGUCCUUGGAGUCGGUUAAUAAUGAAAAUUGUCGGAAGUACAAGUGCGCCGUGUGCAAGGGCGCUUAUUAUAUAAGUCGCAUAUAGACUUGUGAUUUCAUCCUUUAUAUUUUUUGAUACUUAAUUUCCGUAAACUUUUCUGAUAUGUGGGACGUAUGCUUUAUUUUGUAAGCCACUUUCCUAGUUCGCGUCUUGUUUAAUGUUUUCGUAAUAGAUAAAAUGGCAAAAAUCUCAUGUAAUUAUAUUUAGUCCAAGAGCCCAAAGUGUCAUCCAAGCAGAAUGUGCUGUGAAAAAUCCCAGGAUAUUAUAUUUUUGUAGAAUUUAAGUUCUUAUAAAGAGUAAUUUUUAUUCAACUAAA